AUGGCAGCUCGACUAUUCCUCCUCCUUGAUUUGAUCAUAGGAGCUUACUGCCAAGUCUCGACUGUCGAGCGCCGCAAUAGUCGCUACGUCAAGCUACCAGUUGUACAUUCUACGAAUAAAGAUGUAUUCUCUGAUUUCGGCGAUAAGCGGGCUAUAACCACUGUACCCCUAGCCAACAGAUCGGAUGUAGCAUACUACGCUUCAUUGGACAUUGGCACUCCGCCGCAGCAGGUCUACGUUCAGUUAGAUACCGGCUCGUUUGAGCUUUGGGUAAACCCCGAUUGCUCUGAUCUUACAGGUUCUGCGGAUGUUAGAUUUUGCCAGGCAGUAGGGCAUUAUGACUCGUCGUCUUCGUCUACCGCUACGCGGCUAGCUGGUUCGCAGACGCUGCAGUAUGGUAUCGGUAAAGCUAAGAUUCAAUAUUAUUCGGAUAACAUUGGUCUCACAGGCACGGAUGCGAAAUUAAAAGGGGUUCGGUUCGGUGUCGCCACUGAGACAGAUGACGAAUUCGCGGGCAUUCUGGGAAUAGGUCACGGGAUAAACGUGACUACACGGUACAAGAACUUCGUGGAUGAGUUAGAGAGUCAAGGGGUAACGGAUACCAAAGCGUUCAGUCUGGCUCUCGGCGGCAAGGAUGAGCAAGAAGGAGUCAUCAUUUUCGGCGGAGUAGACACCGGCAAGUUCACGGGCACCUUGCAGACCUUACCUAUCAUUCCCGCGGCGAAAUCUCCGGACGGUGUACCAAGGUACUGGGUCAACAUGACGUCUCUGAGUCUAACGCCUCCGAACGGCGCUACGAAGGACUACAUCAACAAGACGAUGGCCGUAUUCUUAGAUAGCGGUGCCACUCUCACCCUCCUACCGACCGAUCUGGCGAACAGCAUCGCGGCAGAUUUCGGCGCCAAGGCUACGGACGCCAACGGUCUCUACCCGGUCGACUGCUCCCUCAACGAUCUUCCGGGGACUCUGAACUUUGCCUUCGACGGCGUCACCAUUAAAGUGCCCUAUUACGAGGUCGUCAGGGAGGUCCGCACCGCUUUUUACACGUCGUGCUACCUGGGCAUCAUGGCUAGCAACGAUUUCAUUCUUCUCGGCGACACCAUGCUCCGCUCUGCUUACGCCGUUUUCGACCAGACCAACAAUGCUAUUCAUAUGGCUCAGUACGUGAACUGCGGCACGAAUGAGAUAGAAAUCACCAAGGAGACGGACAUGACUAAAAUCAAAGGCGACUGCGAUGCCCCGACAUCCAAGACAUCAUCCACCGAAUCCACAUCAUCUUCGUCUUCGUCUUCGUCUUCGUCAUCAUCACCGUCCCCUUCCUCAUCUCCGUCAAAAGCAAGCGGCAGCACUACCGCAACUGGAGUCAGUUCCCCUGGCGCAAGCACGACCGCGCCGGCGGGUGAGUCGGCCGCUACGCCGCCGGAUUCGUCCAGUUCCCGUGGUGGAGUCGAGUGGUGUCUGGGACUUGUUGCGGUUGCGUUCUGGGCCGUUGCGUCCAUAUGGAUAUGAGGAAAUUUGUUCGUCCGAAAAAAUAAUCGUCCUUUUUUGUCUCGGAAGUAUAUCUACCUAGACCUAACCUAACCUACUAACCUCCAUGCAUUUUAUGAGCGAGCGCAUCUAAAGCGGAAUAUAGAACGUCUAGAGCAUAGCAUAACAUACCUAGUUUAAUCAUAGUACAUAUAUCAGCAACUAUAGUGCUUGCAAGCAUUAGGUACUGUCUUAUUGAUCUACUCGCUGUUUUGUAUAUAAUUGCGUGUAUAUGGAAUCUAGCCUUGAUGUGUUCAUUUUCAUAGGCAUCUGCUCAACCUGAAAUAUUAGGUAGCUAGAGUUGAUACGUCUUUACGAAGCAUUAUUCCGCAUA